AUGCUCAUUACUACUUUCGAAAAGCUUCCUAGCCAUCAAAGCCAUCAGGAGCAUCAGGAUACGAUUGCUCUUGGAGUCUCAAUAUCGUCUUUAAGAAUGGAAAUGCAAGCCGACGAUGCAAAUGAGGAUAGCAUGACAACGGCGAAUACAUCGGCAGCAAUAGUGCCCCCUGAAGAUGCGCUCGGUAUUGAAAAGAAAUAUAUUACACACAUGGCGCAGUCUUUCUAUAAUGCUUGUAAUUGCGGCGUCAACGACGAAAACAUUAAAAUCGCCAUUCACACUUUAAAGGCUCACUACGAGAUUUCUGAUUCAGAGAAACUACAGCAGUUAUUGGUGCCAUGGCUCAAUUUCUUGAGUUUCUUGCUUGUCUUUUUGCUGUACCAAUUCCAGCCAUAUGUAACGCCCAAGUUUUGGUCGGUUUCGCUGUUUGGUGUUGACUCUAGGCAUGUUACCGGUACCCUGGUUUGUUCCGAUUGUGGCUGCCAGUGCUGCAGCUAUCUUAGUAGCAAGCAAAAAGCUACCUGCUGUACAUUUUACGCUGUGUCGCUGAAAUUUAUUGCUGCGAGCCUUUAA